AUGGACUUAAUCUUCAACCCAAAGAAGAGACCGCCCUUUACCAUAGAAGUGGGUUACUUCGACACAGUCGAAGAGAUCAAACAGAAGGUCGAGAAGUACCAAGGCGUUCCCGUCUCCGAUCAAACCCUCAUUUUCAACGGCCACGUUCUCCCCGACGACGGUGACAUCGCAAGCUGCGUGCUCCUCCACAACUCCCACAUCAACCUCAUCAUCGCCUCCGACGAGAAACCAGUAUUCCUCCGCGUCAAAAUCCCCACCCCCCAACCGCACAUCAUAAACAUAGAAAUGGACAUGGACGACACCCCCCUCAAACUCAGGAACAACAUUCUUACGCUGGAGAUGGCGAAUCUCCCCGCCAACCGCCCGCUGGUGCUUAGCCUUGACGGCCAAGAAUUGCAAGACGAUCGUACUUUCGAGGAAUACGAGGUCUCCAACGGCACGGAGAUUGACGUGAGAUUUAGGACGCCGAUUUUGAUGGUGAUUGUGCAGAGCAUGUGCGAGACCAUGAAGAUUCCCGUUGAGGUCAACCCGGAGGAUGACCUUGCGGAGUUGAGGAAGGAUUGCGAGAGGCUGAAGGAGAAGAUGAACUUUCCAUUGCCGGAGGAGGGUUACUUCUUCAUCCACAGGCAGGCCGUGAUGGAUGAAGAAAUGUCGUUUCGAUGGCACAAUGUUGAAGAGGCCGACACCAUUGAGGUCUUUGCUGGACGAAUUUUGCCACCUCAAUCGUGA